ACCCGAGUGAAGACUAUAAAUUAUAAAUUAUAAAUUAUUUGUUCAUUAUCAUUUAAAUUUCAAAUAGUGAAAUUAGUGUGUUAGUAACACAUGACAUCUUUAUAAGUUUUUUCUUCGCUCGAUUACUUCAUCGUCCGGUUAUUGUAUAAAAAAAAAUCAAAGUUAAACUGUGUUGUAAUAUUAUGAUCAUUGAUGAAUAAGUUAUUUAUUUAGGAGUUACUGGUGGUAUUACUAAUUGUAAGUGAUAGUUUUCAUUAAUGUGUGGUCAAAGAAAAUUAUUAUUAUUAUCUUUUAUUGAUAAGUGAUAUUGAUAGUUUGUAAAUAUGUUACAUCACUGAUUACUAUCAGUCAAGAUAAACAGAUAAGAUUGUUACGAUGAUACACACCUGUGUUCAUUUAAACUGUUAAUUAUUGUUAUUAUAAAAUAUAAAUUAUAACUUUAAAAGGUCAAAGAAAAGAAGAAACAUAAAAUGCGAUCGAUUUGGGGUAAUAAAAAAUAAUAAUGGUCAUUAAAAGGAAAAUCAAUAGCGUUUUAAUGAGAAAGUGAGACGAAGGCGUGUCAUGGAGAUCAAAAGUCAAAUAAUCUCGUUUUUAUUGAUAGUAAUUAACAAUAAUCAUCGAGCGAUAAAUGCUGCCGGUUUUCCUGAAGAAUCGUUGCUCUAUCGUUGCGCGAUACAAACAUCCUGCAAGACAUGCCUUGAGAGUAGUUCUUCCUGUGCGUGGUGUAGCGAAUGGUCAUAUUCAAAUUCUACUAUCGGAAAAUUGAGAUGCAGCAGCGCGGAACGUUUAGAAGCAUUUGGCUGCCCGAAAAACGCGAUUCAUCAUGCAUCAAUGGGAUCUGUUAAUUCAAUAAAAGAUGAUGAUUUUCAAGAUGUGGUUGUACCUGACCAAGUACCAAUUCAAUUGAAACCACAGAGAUUACACAUAAAACUACGCCCACAUAACACAGAAUCUGUUUAUCUUAAAUACAGGCCUGCAAAAAACUAUCCGCUGGAUUUAUAUUAUUUAAUGGACUUGACGUGGUCAAUGAACGACGACAAAGACACAUUGGUGAGUCUCGGGUGGAAAAUGGCUCAUACUCUAGGUAGCUACACCAGUAAUUUCCGUUUAGGAUUCGGAAGUUACGCUGAUAAGCCAUUGAUGCCGUAUGUAUUCCCUGGUCAUGAAGAUAAUCCGUGUAAAGGUGAACACAAAGUUUGCGCUCCAGUAUAUUCAUUCAAACAUCACAUGCCGCUUAGUGAAGAUGUACUUCGUUUUAUUCAACAGGUGAACUCUAGUCAUGUAACGGGAAACGUAGACAAUCUGGAAGGUGGUUUAGAUGGUGUUGUACAAGCCAUAGUGUGCAAUGAACAGGUAGGAUGGGCACGACAGGCGCGAAAAUUGAUGCUAAUUGCCACUGAUGGAUUGAUGCACUUUGCUGGCGAGGGUAAACUCGGCGGAGUAGUAAAUCGGAACGAUUUCUCAUGUCAUCUUAAUUCUAACGGUGAAUAUACCAAGUCCAAGAUAUUCGAUUACCCCUCGCUGGCUGAAAUUUCGCGUCUUCUAAAACAGCGGAAGGUUAAUUUAAUCUUCGCCGUCGCUGAGGAUCGAAGAUUUGAGUACGAGCAAAUUGCGGCUUUGCUGGAAGAAAAAGCCCGCGUCGCCACUUUGGCUGCCAACAGCUCCAACAUUUUAGAAAUUAUAAAGCAAUCUUAUCGUGACAUUGUUACGAAAGUUGUUUUGCGCGAUAAUUCAACGGAUUUAAUCGACGUUAAGUAUUACUCAAAAUGUGGGAGUUCCGAUAAACCGGAAAUUAUGACAUCCGAGUGUAGUGGGAUACAAGAAGGUCAAGUUUAUGAUUUUAAAAUAGAGUUAUCUUUAGCUGAUUGUCCAACCAAUGAAAGUCUUUGGAAACAAACUAUAAUAAUAGAUGAUGCACUUGCUUCAGAAGCUUCUAAGACAUUGAUAGAAGUUGAAUUGCAAUGUGGAUGUGAUUGUGAAAAAACAUCACCUCGAUGUAAUAAUGGAAUUGAUGAAUGCGGAAUUUGUAAAUGUCAUAAUGGAUGGUCUGGAGAAACGUGUGACUGUGAUGAGAGUAGAUGGACAUUAAACCACUUACAAUGUAUAAAGCCCGGUGAUUUAAAUGAAGUUUGCUCAAACCGCGGUGAAUGUACUUGUGGUUCAUGUAACUGUGAUCCAGGAUAUAAUGGGAAGUACUGUGAGUGCUCACCUUGCGAUAAGACUAAUGGAAUCGAGUGUGGUGGAAGAGGAAGGUGUGACUGUGGUGUUUGCACUUGUUUAGAUGGAUGGGAAGGAGAUGUGUGUGAAUGCCCGACAGGCAAUGAACUUUGCAUAGCACCUGGAAGCAAUGAUGUUUGUGCUAAUCACGGAUUUUGUGAUUGUGGACAAUGUCGAUGUAAUGUAACUGCCCCAGGAGAUGGUUUAUUAUACCGUGGAAUUUAUUGCGAAUCAUCAGCUAGCAUUGGAGGAAGUGGUCUUUGUAUUUUGUACGAGUCGUGCGUCAAUGUGACAGUUGAAACGCCAGAAAAGACUGAUGAGUACUGUCAUAGGAACGGUACUUCUAAAUACGAAAUAGAAAGAGUUCACGAAGUUGAUACUUCUAGCGACCAUUAUUGUAUUGUUAGAACUGUUCGAGAUUCUACUAUUUGUACUAUUCCAUACGCUUACAAAUUCACGGAAGACAACAGAGUUCUUCUUAUUAUCGGCGAUAAGUUUUGUCAAACUCCAUUACCAGCAGCUGUAUUUCCUGGGGUGGUAUUUUUCGCAGUUGUCGUGAUGGGAAUAAUUGCCUUGAUAAUUUGGAAAUGUUGGACCGCAAUAAAAGACAAAAGAGAAUACGCUAAGUUUGAACUCGAACGUCAAAAGACAGUUUAUGCAUUAACACAAAAUCCUAUUUACCGGCCAGCGACUACUGAAUUUAGAGUUCCUGAUUCUUAUAAAGAAGAUUAGGAAUAAUUAAUUAAUAUAUCUUAAAUCCAAAGCUCUUAUCUGUAUUUUAUUAAUAAGUAAAUAUUUUUUUGUUAAAAAACUUGAGUUGCGAAACUGAAAUUUACAUGUAAUUAAUGUAACUGAAGCGAAAUUAAAAAAAAAAAGCAAAAGAAAUAUUUUAUAAGCAGUUUUCCGGUUUUUCUUACAGCGCGUUCAAUAAAUACAAUUUUUUUUUUUA